GAUGAAGAGAAGAGCAAGACCGAGAGGAUAUUACAGCUCACCCUGGAGAUCAUCUACCUGCUGACUGGGGAGGAUUAUGGACCUUUAAGAAAAGAAGCUAAAGGCAGUGUAGUGCUCAAUAGUUGCACUCCUGUGUCCGGAGGAUGGAGCAGGUUUCAUAGCCCUAUAAUGGAGAGUCCAACUCCUUCCAUGACACCUGAAAACAACGACAAGAAGAUCGUAGAAGUCUCCCAGAAGAUCAUCAACCUGCUGACAGGAGAGGUUCCUAUAAGGUGUCAGGAUGUCACUGUCUAUUUCUCCAUGGAGGAGUGGGAGUAUUUAGAAGGACACAAGGAUCUCUACAAGGACGUUAUGAUGGAGAAUCAGCCGCCCCUCACAUCACCUGAUGGAUCCAGUAAUGGGAACCCACCAGAGAGAUGUCCCCGUCCUCUGUAUUCCCGGGAUUCCGCACAGGAAGGUCACACCAUCCCUCACCAUCAUCUGAUAGAUGGAUCCAGUAAUGGGAACCCACCAGAGAGAUGUCCCCAUCCUCUGUAUUCCCAGGAUUCCACACAGGAAGGUCACACCAUCCCUCACCAUCAUCAGAUAGAUGGAUCCAGUAAUGGGAACCCACCAGUGAGAUGUCCCCGUCCUCUGUAUUCC